UGUAAAAACGCAAGGCAGGGAAUAUUUCGCAUUAAGAAUCAAACCAACCUUAUUCUCAUUGAAAAAAAAUAGGUAAUAAAAACCUCCACUCGAUAAGAGAUACAUUUUCAUGAUUUUAUUUCCACUAACAUCAGUCAAUCCAGUUAGUGUGCAUAUAUUUUGCAACGCGACUCUUAUUGUGGGGACUGAAUGCAGCAAACUUGACUGUCUACGGGUUACCAUGGAAACAGACUGUUGACUACUUCAGAUGAGAUGAUGUAUGGAGCUCCAGUGGAUUUAUCUUUUAAAGACAUUAGCAACUUGGAAGAUACGCAGUUAGAAGAACCAAGCAAAGGUCUGCGGCCUUUAAAGACAAAUUCAGUGGGGAAAUUCCAAAGUGUCUCCCUUCGACUUAAUAACAAUAAUAUUACAAACCUCUAUGACCUUCACAAAACCAUGAACCAUUUCUUGGCUGAACCUUCACUGCUCGCCUGGCUGGACCUUUCAUUCAACCACAUCACAAAUAUAGACAAAGUUUUGUGUGAGCUGCUUCAACUAAGGGUGCUGUAUCUUCACGGCAACCGUAUUUUUACUCUAUCAGAGGUAGACAAGCUACAAGGUCUUCCACAUCUACACACCAUCACCCUACAUGGAAACAUCAUUGAAACAAACAAGGCCUACAGGACUCAUGUGAUAUCUACCCUGCGUGGAUUAAAGACGAUGGACUUCAGUGUUGUGACCCCUCAAGAGCGAGCUUUGGCACAAAUAUGGCACCGCAGCAACAAGCCAGGUAAACGAAAUAAGCAAACGCUUCAGUGACCGUUUGAAGUCGCAACUGUUUCACAAGAAGUGUCCAAUAUAGGGAAAGAUUUGUCUCAGAACUAUUGACAGAAAUACACCCUUGAUUUUCACGUUUUUCACAUCCCCGAAAACAUCUGCGAUUUUCCCAUUUUUAACAUCCACAAAUGUAGUAUAUUUGCAAUUUUUACAUUCGACAGAUCAUAAAGUAUUUCUUAAAUCAUAUGUACAAUUUUCAGUGGUUUUUCUUUAGCUUGAUUAGCGAACCCAUGCAAGAAAGCUGGCAAGGCCGAACCAGUGUUGCCAAGCAUGUUGAGUAACUGUCACGUUCGGGAAUGGACCAGGGUUUAUUGAGGGAAAAUUGUGUUGGAAGGGAGGAUGAGGGGAACACACCAAUAGGAACCGGCAAACUAACAUAAACUGCGGGGGCAGAAUGACAGGGGGAACCAAAAGAUGAGCAGAAACAGACUAACAGAAAGUAACAGAAAGCAACAGAAAGCAACAGAAAGCCACAGCGACAAAGAGACUAGAGACGAGAACAACCCAACACACAGACAGGACUUAAAUACACGACAGGUAACGAGAUGCAUUUGACUGUGAUUACAUACAUUGUGAGUAGACACAGAAGGGGAGGGGUGAGUACACAGAGACGCAAACAGAAUCCAUGACAAUAUAAACACACAAGGGAACGACCGGAGACGAGUCGUGACAGUAACAUUUCUAACGUUACUAAAUGCAGAUCGAGCUCGCAUUACACCCAAGUAUCCAUAGUUGGGUCCACCUUCAAUAUUCUUAGUCACCAGUCAGUGAACUGUGUGUUUUUGGAGUGUCGUGUCGGUCAGCCUGUUAGUUCCACUUAGUUUGACAUUACUUUUUGAGGGAGGGGGGGGGUCAGAAUUCUUCAUGAUAUCUGCUCAGUGUGGAUUUAAGAUGAACUUCAAGAGGAAGCCUUGGCACAAAUAUGGCAACAAAGUAGCAACCCAGGCAAAAGAAACAAGUUAAUACUUUUGUGAUUGUAUUCCAAUUUGCGAGCAUUCAACUGUUUUACAAGACCUUUACUUAAAAGGUGUAUGCGGUUCAAUAGCAAACACAUUUGGUCUCUUUUUAAUAUAAAACUCCAAAAGUGCCAUUUGUAAUACAUCAAUAAUAGUUUGAAAACCCCAUCACACACACAACAGCUGUUGAAGGUUUAUAAUGAAUUAAUAAACAAAACAAAAACAGGGUAUUUUUUUUUGGUACUAGCCUAAGAUAUUACAAAUAUUUUUUCAAAGUCAAAGUCUGCUUUAUUGUCAAUCUCUUCAUAUGCCAAGACACAGAAAGAAAUCGAAAUUACGUUUCCACUAUCCCACGGUGACGAGACAUAGUACACGAUACACAUACAAGUUAGGGGUGUAAAUUGCGGAUUUUGUCACGAUACGAUAUCAUAUCGAUACAAAGAACCUAGAUACGAUAUUUGCCGAUAUCU